AUGUCCAAUCUUCCAGAUAUUGCUCAGGCGUUCGCUACCUAUGUGUCUGGUGUAUGCGAUGGUGGCGGUGAGAGUAGCAGGGGUGCUUCGCAACACUCGGAUCGUGGUGCUUUUGAAGUUAUGACACACCGGUAUGAUAAGCUUCAUGCCGAUGUGAGAUCUAAUGCUAUGAUGACCAAAACAUGCUAUAUGGAGUAUGAUCCAAUGAAUAGUCGAGGAGUACUACCAAGGAUUUAUGCCCGCUGUAUUGGACCUGUGAUUGGCAACACUGUGAUUUUGCAGGACACUAACCUCAACCAAAUUCAGGUUGUUGUUGAAAGGGAUAAGUUGGGAAUCUAUUUCACUCAUGGCUGGUCUCGCUUGCGAGAUUUCUACAAAAUCAGUGCUGGUGCUUGGGUUGUCCUUACAUUCGUUAAUCCUUUCCUUUUCCAUAUCAAACUUAUAAAUAUCACUGGAGUCCCCAUCACUUGCCCUCUCACUAAUCCUCCCUAUAAGCUCAUGUUAGAAGAAGGUUUUCAGACAGGUACUUGGGAUGCACCUACACCCUUCUUCGUAAUGCCAAAGGUCUACUCACAUAGGCUUGAAAAAACAUUGACUGUUGCUGAUGUCACAAGUGGGAAUCUGACUCUUUUAUGGGGUGGCUUUUGCAAAGAUGCACUUCCUGAUGAGCAGUCUCAGCUGACAUUGAUUGAUUGGAUUGGGAACACUUGGAAAGAGUGCCAUCUUCGGUUUGAUGACGGUACAAAGACCACUUGCAAAAUAUCUGGACAGUGGAGUGACAUAUGUAAGAUCCAUCAUCUUGCUGACGGUGUGGUCGUCAAAUUCGGUGUCACCGAGGCUUCCAACAACAAGGUCAUAUACUUUAAGCUCUCUCCUUUCAUUGGCGUGCGAACAACCCUACAUGCUCCUUCCAAAUCCGGCGACAGAAAGUUCAUCCAUCAAACUCAGCAUUAUUUUAUGCUUUAGAGUCCCCAUUGACUAACUUUGGACCAUAUUUGCUUUGCUUUUUUUUGGCUUUUGUGGUGUAAUAACAUUAUAACUGUCUUGCUCUACAUCGUUAUAACUUUUGCGAUGUAUUAUUUUGUACUCACCUUGAAUAUC